AUGAAUCAAGCUUGCGGCUUCUCUAAUUCGUGCUCUUCCACCACCUCCAAUUUCACAGAGGUCAAGGACACAGCAACUCCGGCACCAGUUCCGAUAGCUAUCUGUGGGCUUGGCUUGAGGCUUUCUGGCGGCAUUAGAAACGCCGACGACUUCUGGGAUCUCCUUGUUAAUGGUCGUGACGCGCGGACGCCCGUCCCAAGAAGCCGGUACAAUGCUCGGGCCUUUGACGGCUCUCUAGGUGGCAAAGAGCGUAUUGAGACCAAGUUCGGGUACUACCUAGAGGAUGACUUGUCUCAGUUCGACCCUUCGCUUUUCUCCAUGACCCAAUUGGAGUUGGAGAGAUGUGAUCCUCAGCAGAGAUUGCUGUUGCAGGUUGCUCGUGAGUGUCUCGAAGAUGCAGGCGAAGUCAAUUACCGUGGCAAGCCAAUUGGCUGCUACGUGGGCACGUUCGGUGAUGAAUGGCUACACAAACAGAGCAAAGACAGCCAGCAGGUCGGUAACCAUAUCGUCACCGGAGCUGGAGACUGGAUGCUUGCCAAUCGGAUAUCAUAUGAGUAUAACCUUUGCGGACCGAGCAUGGUGAUUAGGACAGCCUGUUCGGCAUCUCUGAUAGCCUUGAAUGAAGCUUGCAGGGCGGUCCAAUUUGGUGACGCUUCUGCUGCCGUAGUUGCGGGAUCAAAUCUGAUUCUCGGGCCCUCCCUCAGCAUGCUUAUGACCUCAGAAGGCGUCCUGUCUCCGGAUGGAUCAUGCAAAAGCUUCGAUGCCGCUGCAAACGGCUACGCCCGAGCCGAGGGAAUUACCGCCAUCUACGUCAAGCGCCUUACGGACGCUAUCCGUGACGGAAACCCCAUCAGAGCAGUCAUUCGAGGUACCGCAGCUAAUAGCGAUGGUAAAAGCCCAGGGAUGCUUGUCCCGCGUGGGGAGGCCCUCGAAUCACUCAUGAGGAAAGUUUAUGCCGAUUCGGGAUUAAAUCCAUCUGAAACUGCCUUCGUUGAGUGUCAUGGUACUGGUACCUCAGUCGGCGAUCCAAUUGAAACUUCUGCUGUUGGCGAGAUCUUUGGUGAUAGCGGAGUAUAUAUUGGCUCCGUGAAGCCCAAUAUAGGCCAUUGCGAGGGGUCCGCUGGCCUCGCAAGUUUAAUCAAAGCGGUAUUAGCUUUACAGCAUAAAACAAUACCUCCCAAUAUCAAAUUCAACACCCCCAAUGCUAAGAUCCCAUUCACAGAAAAAAGGCUUAAGGUGCCGACGGCGCCGACACCUUUCCCAGCUAACAAAGCUGAGCGGAUUAGCGUGAAUUCAUUUGGAAUUGGUGGCUCAAACGCACAUAUCAUCGUUGACUCGUUCCCUAAUUCGGAAGAAACAAGUCCUAUAGAGAGGGCCAAGAGACCAGAGCUUCUUAUCAUCUCAGCUAAUACCCAAAACUCGCUGAAACAACAACUAGAACGAUACGAAAAGUAUGUUUCUCUACGUACCUCUAAUGUAUACAACAUAGGAUAUACGUUAGCUCUCCGUCGAGAACGAUUACCGCACAGGGCUUUCAUGAUCAAGUCCGAUGAGCAGAUUGUAGAUAUCUCCGGAUUGGCGAGAAUUCCAGGGAAAUCGUCUCGCCGCAAGGUCACAAUGAUUUUCACUGGGCAGGGUAGUCAGUGGGCCGAGAUGGGAAAGGGGUUAUUCUUUACUAAUCGAGAAUUUCGCGAGGACAUCAAUCUCAUGGAUGAUAUCUUGAGGCGUGCCGUGCAGCCUCCGAAUUGGACAAUCGAAUCUGAGAUGCUCAAGCCCGGAGAGAGUAGUCAGAUCAACAAAGCUGAGCUGUCACAGCCUCUGUGUACAGCACUGCAGAUUGCAAUCUAUCGCCAAUUCGAACGCUUCGGUGUUGUACCUUCGGCGGUUGUAGGACAUUCCAGCGGCGAGAUUGCUGCGGCAUACGUGGCCAGAUACAUAUCGCUCGAGUUCGCCAUCAAAGCGGCAUACUACCGCGGCCUCGUCUCCUCCACAAGCACGUCUAAGAAUGGGUCAAUGGCCGCCAUCGGGCUUGGGGCUAAGGAGCUAGCAGCUUUCUUACCAGAGGGUGUCGUGAUUGCAUGCGAGAACAGUCCCAAGAGUUCGACGAUAUCAGGAGAUCGCGAGUUAUUGGAACGGGCUGUGUCCAAUAUAAAGGAAGCUAAGCCGGAUACCUUUACACGACUGUUGAAAGUUGAUAUGGCGUAUCAUUCGCAUCACAUGGAUCCAUUGGCAAAGCAGUAUCUCCAGCUGUUACAACAGGAAAAGCCUCUAGUCGACGGCAACCAAGCGCCUCUAUCCAAAGUCGUAUUCAUGUCGAGCGUCACCACCAAGGUAAUAGACAAAGCGGCCGAAUUGGGUCCGCGGUACUGGGUUGCCAACCUCGUCUCGCCUGUGCGUUUUAACACAGCGGUGAAGAACCUCUUACAACUGCGAGGUGACUCUGAUAUUCUAUUGGAGAUUGGCCCUCACGGGGCAUUGGCCGGACCCCUACGUCAAAUCUGCACCGAAGGUUCGUGGCAAUGUAAUUAUGUUGCCUCCCAAAAGCGUGGUAGCGAUAGCGCGGUAUCUUUGCUUUCCGCUCUGGGUAGGCUCUUCCAGGAGAACGUCAGCAUCGACUUCAGCGCUCUUUUCCCGGGUGGCCGGGUCGUUCCGGGGUUGCCUUCCUACGCAUGGGACCAUAGCGGCCAGACAUUCUGGAACGAGAGCCGGUUGGCUACUGCUUGGCGAGAGAGAAAGUAUCCUCAUCACUGUAUUCUUGGUGUUAAGACAACCGAGUCGACCGAUUCCGAGCCGAUAUGGAGAAAUGUCCUCCAUCUGGACGAUGCAUCCUGGUUAGCUGAUCAUAAGGUCGGACAGAACGUCGUGUUUCCCUUUGCUGGGUACUCCGCUAUGGCCGGUGAAGCAAUCCGCCAGGUAGCCGGAGCCGAUGCUGGGUCGGGCUACCAUCUUCGCCACGUGGUCGCCCACACGGGCCUUGUCCUAACCGAUUCGAAACCAGUAGAGAUUAUUACCUCGUUACGUCGGAAGCGCCUCACCGAUUCCGAUGAAUCUCAAUGGUAUGAAUUCAACAUUUCAUCUUAUAGCGGUUCCGCGUGGAUCAAGCACUCUACAGGAGAGGUUAGACACAUCGAAGGGCCUGGCGAGGGGGCUUCCUGGACUCCAGAGGAGCUGCCUCGUAGGUUACCAAGCUCAUCAUUCUACGGAGCUAUGAAGCGCAUCGGGAUCAGCUACGGUCCUGAGUUCCAAGCUCUUGAGGAUAUCUCUACCUCUACCAUUGAGCAUACCGCUCAGGCCAAGAUAGUUGAUAAGCAUAACCAUGUGUCUGCGCCAUUUUCUCUCCAUCCGGUAGUAAUCGAUGGGUGCUUACAGUCGCUCCUAGUUGCCAUGAGGAAGGGCCUUUGCCGAAACUUCGAUGGCCUAUUUGUGCCUGUUUCUGUCGAUGAGCUCGUCGUAUACCGGGGGGCAUCAGAGAUCCACAUCCGUGCCUGGACGGAAAAGGGGGAUCUUAGGCUUGGGCAGGCCGAGUGCAUCGCAGACGGGAGGCUAGCGCUACGAAUGCGCGGCCUCAAACUAGCACCCCUAGAGAAUGACAACCCGGUUACCAAUUCCAUUGAUCAACACGCCGCAGCUCGUAUCUGCUGGCUUCCAGACUUUGACUUCGUGGACCACAAAGCAUUAUUCUCAGCACCCAAGCCCGACAGGGGUCAGCUUGUACUACAGCAAGAACUCUCGUUCCUUUGUAUGGUCCAAGAAGUAAAAUCCGUGGAAGGUCUCGAGCCGUGCCAACCUCACUUCGCUAAGCUACGAGAUUGGAUGAAGAAAGGGAUCGAAAAUGCAGCCACUGGGAAAGAAGGGUUUCCUUUAGUUGAGAAUGCGGCAACCUUGUUAAAGCUAAGCCCCGGAGAGCAGCAGGAUAUGAUAAAAUCCCACCUCAGCAUCCUAGAAAAAGGGGAUCACCGCGCCCUCUCCCUCGGGACUAAGCGCGUGUGUGACUACGCGGCGGAGAUUUUUACGGGAUCGCGGGAAACUCUCGACGUGCUCAUAGAAGGGAACCUCUUAUCCGAGAUCUACAACCGCGCCAGCUUUGGAUACGGCAACUUUGUGCGCCUACUCGGAAACACGCGACCGAAUUUGCGGAUCCUAGAAGUCGGUGCCGGUACAGGAGGAACUACAGAACUCAUCCUACGCGAUCUCGUCGACGAAAGCGGGUUCCCCUCUUACUCGAUUUAUACAUUCACCGACGUCUCCUCCGGCUUUUUAGUGAAGGCGCGGGAACGCUUCUCGUACGCGCCUAAUAUGGAGUAUAAAGUGUUCGACAUUAGCAAGUCACCGUUCGAGCAGGGGUUCGAGGGCGGAGAAAAGGGGUCAUACGACUUGAUCCUGGCUGCAAAUGUUGUUCACGCAACCCCAGUUAUCAAGGAGUCACUUGAGAACAUAAAGUCGCUACUGAAACCUGACGGGAUGCUGGUUCUGACAGAACUCUUGCCCACAUUGCGCACGGCAAAUUACGCGUUCGGCCAUUUCGCGGGCUGGUGGCUAGGCGAGGCUGAUGGUAGACCUACGACUCCUCUAGUACCUGUUGAUCGCUGGGAUGAUGAACUGAAGGCUGCAGGAUUUACGGGCGUGGAUUCGGUCGCGUUUGACGAUGAAGAGCCUUAUAGCCAAAUCCUCACAAUCGUAUCACGGCCACGGACUAAACGCGUGCCACCCAUUAAGAAGGUUACUCUACUAUGCGAUAGCGAGGAAUCAGACGUAGCGCGCACUCUUAGAAUAUCUCUAAAGAGUUUAGGAUGGGAUGUCACGCCGCGCCGACUGAGCUCGAAACCUCUACCAGACGAAGACAUCAUAUCGUGCCUGAACCUUGAGAGCGACUGGUUUGUAAACCUGACUCCAGAAGCAUUCGCCAAGUUCCAGGCAUAUGCAAAAGCUCUAGAGCACCGGAAGAUCCUUUGGCUCACGCCUCCAGUCCAGAUUCGAUGUAAGGACCCCCGGCCGGCAACAUUCCUCGGCAUGGCCCGUACUUUACGGGCUGAGCGAGUGCCAGGACUCUGCACCCUUGAAAUAGAGCCUAGCGAGCCGCGCUUUGUAGACAUGGUUCUAGAUGUAUUCGAUAAGGUCCGCACACAAGAGGAUGUUGGUACGCUAGCUCCCGACCACGAAUUUGUCGUCGAGAACUCCCAGAUCUGCAUCCCUAGAUACCGACCUUUCUCCUUAUUAAGUAAGCUAAAAGAGAAAGAAGAAAGCCGUGGCCAUGAGGAGGGGCCGCAAGCCAUACCUAUAAGGACGGCUCUAGCGAUCUCUAAGAUAGGAUCUAUGGAAACACUACACUGGAUCGACGAACCACUACCAUCGGAACUACCAGCUGAUUAUGUAGAGAUCGAGACGCGAGCCGUUGGUCUAAACUUCCGCGACGUUGUCCUGGCGAGAGGUAUCAUCGAUUCUUCCACGCCAGGUCGCCUCCCGCUGGGUUAUGAGUUAUCAGGAAUAAUCAGCAAAGUAGGUUCAGCCGUUAGAGAUCUCAACCCCGGAGAUAGAAUCAUGGCCCUUUGCAACGGCUGUCUCGGCACCAAGAACGUCGCACCAGCCGACAUUGUCAUGAAAAUCCCCAAUGAUCUUACUUUCGAAGACGCUGCUUCUAUUCCCGUGUGUUUCGGGACCGUGAUUUACAGCUUUAUUGACGUUGGCCGAUUAGAAAAAGGCCAAAGCGUUUUAAUCCACUCAGCUUGUGGUGGUGUCGGUCUCUCAGCGAUCCAAGUAGCCAAGAUGCUCGGGGCUGAGAUAUACGCGACUGUGGGUAGCGAGAAGAAGGUCCAGUAUCUCAUAAAUAACUUUGGGAUUCCGCGUUCGCGUAUUUUCAACUCUCGGGACGCAUCGUUCGCAGAGGGCAUUAUGAAAGAGACACAGGGUCGAGGCGUUGACUUAGUCCUGAACUCGCUAUCGGGCGAGCUACUACACGAGUCGUGGCGGUGUGUUGCUAAGUUCGGUGUUAUGGUCGACCUUAGCCUGCGAGACUCUAAGGGGUCUGGUCGCCUGGAUAUGCUGCCUUUUGCCGAGAACCGUUCUUACCACGGCGUAAACCUGUCUGACUUUAGGGAGAAGCCUAAAUGGUUAAGGAGAUUGUUGACCGCAUUCGUCGAUUUCUAUAACCAAGGCUACCUCCAGCCGAUUGACCCCAUCGCACGUUUCGAUGCGAAACAGAUCGCGAAGGCCUUCCGCCACCUCGAAGAUGGCGAUCACAUGGGCAAGAUCGUAGUGACCUUCCCUCCCCCUAACCCAAGUACACCAAUCGAGUCUCUACCUCGACGUCGUGGUAUCGAAUUCGAUCCUACUGCGACUUACCUCCUCGUAGGCGGUGUCGGCGGCCUGGGUAGAUCUAUUGCAAUAUGGAUGGUGGAACGCGGCGCACGGAGUCUCAUGUUCCUUUCGCGCAGUGCAGGCCGGAGCGAUGUUAGCAAGGCCUUGUUCCACGAGAUAGAGUCUAUGGGAUGCUCGGUGACAGCAGUUUCCGGGCGUGUUGAUCAGAUCGGCGACGUACAAGAAGCGAUCCGCCAAGCAAAGGCCCCUAUUAAAGGUGUGAUACAGUUGGCAAUGGUCCUAAGGGACGUCCCAGUAGUAGACAUGGAAUGGUCUCAAUGGAAAGAUGCCCUUGCACCUAAGGUCGAGGGUACCUGGAAUUUGCACCAAGCGUUCCAAUCAACUAACCUAGAUUUUUUCUUCCUGGCUAGUUCCAUCAUGGCCGUAGUUGACUCUCUCGGGCAAGGAAACUACGCGGCAGCUAAUACGUUUAUGGAGGCUUUCUGUCGCUACCGUCACUCUCUAGGACUACCAGCCUCGGUUCUCAACAUCGCUGCUAUAGGUGAUAUUGGGUUCGUAGCUGAAAACUCACACGCGAUGCAAAAUAUCAAGGCUCAAGGCAUAUGUCUUCUCGGCGAGCGCGAAUUCCUAGACUUCCUAGAGCUCAGUCUCAUGAAUAACUCCCCGGCAGACCAAGAGGCCGCUGGGCCGCUGGCCGUUCCACCUACGCCAUGGAGUAGCGAAGCUCAGAUGUUGAUGGGUAUACGGUCGGAUCAGGACCUGGACGACCCGAAUAACCGAACGAUGUGGCGGCGUGACAGGCGCAUGGGUAUCUACCAUAACGUACGGGUUGAGAACACAGCGAAGAGCACCGAGAACGAUGCUCUUCAGAAAUUCCUUAGGCAAAUCGCAGCCGCCGGCGUGGGAGGAAAAGCGCUAUUAAAAGACAAAAGCAGCAUUGAGUUCUUAGGAAAUGAAAUUGGCAAGAAGAUAUACGACUUCCUCCUCAGGCCGGACGAGGAGGUGGACAUUAAUCUAACGCUGGCACAGAUGGGCCUCGACUCGCUAAUGGCUAUCGAGUUAAGACGGUGGUUCAAGGGCGCAUUCGGGCUCACGUUAGGCGUGCUAGAAAUAGUCGGCAGCGGAACUCUCCAUCAGCUUGCGGAACUCGUCGCGGCCAAAUUGCUAGAGAGGCUUGAAAGCGAGCCCCAAAAAACUGCGUAA